AUGAGCAGCUCAGGAGAUCGACCGCCUAUUAAUGGCUACGUUGACCCCAACUUCCCAAAUCCCAACGGCGAGUGGGAUACGCCCAUCAUUAUCUAUGGUUAUACGCCUGCUUUCUCCCUUGCCGUCUUCGCAGCAGCUUGGUUCGCUCUAUUCAUGAUUAUCCAUCUCUUCCAGACGAUUCGAUUUAGAAGCUGGUACUUUAUCACUUUCCCUGUUGGUCUCCUUUUCGAAAUUGUCGGAUACAUUGCUCGUUCGCUUUCAGCAAAGAAGGACCCGUACCAUCUUCUGUACUUUAUCCUCAACUACUUCUUUAUCGUCACGGCACCUGUUUUCCUCGCUGCAGGCGUUUACACCAUCCUCUCGGCAAUGGUCCCUCGUCUUGGACGUCGAUACUCUCUUGCGCCGCCAAAGUUUAUUCUUUGGUUCUUUAUCACGUCUGAUGUUAUUGCCACGGUUGUUCAGGUUACAGGUGCUGCCCUCAUUGGAGUGAGACAGUCGAACCGUGAAGAUCCCACCGUUGCCAAUAACAUUCUUCUUGGAGGUCUGGCCUACCAGGUCUUUUCCAUCAGUGUCUUUGUUAUCCUCACAGCAACCUUUCUAUUUCGCGCUCGAGGGGAGAUUAGCGCUCGCGGCAAAAAACUGAGUGUCUUCUGUAUCGCUUUUUCAGUGGCCACCAUCUUGGUUUACCUGCGAACAAUCUUUCGUCUCGCAGAAACAGCCGAGGGGCUUGGAGGUCAUUUAUACUCCAACGAAAUUUACUUCGCAUGUCUUGAGUUUGCUCCUAUUGCAUUGGCUGUAAUACUCUUUGCUAUCUGGCAUCCUGGUCGAUGUGUAGGCAAAAAAGUGCGGGUGAAGGACUUGGAAAAGGAACAGGCUCGAGUUCAAAACUUUUAA